UCUGAACUCAGAACAGAGGAAUAGACUCGGAGAAGCCUAGAUUUGCUGCUACACGACCUCAAACGAGAACACAAUAAUCUGCUCAGUCUACUCUCAUCGUCCCAUCUGCGUCCCAAUUCUCAAUUCCUAAUACCAUCCUAUAUCCAUCUCUAUCUGUCCCUUUGUUCUCUGAGGACUCGGGUAACUCCACGAGCUCUUCUACUGCUUAAUUUAGUCUGAACAUUUACAAAUAGCAUUUGAUAUUGACCUGGUGUCAAUUUUUCUUGUGUGUAAAUGGAGAUAGAAAACGAGAAGGGAAUGGCAGAGUGUGGCAAAAAUAUUGUUGAAGAUGUGGUGAAGCAAAUCCUAUCAACUCUGCCUCCCAAAACUCUGAUCCGAUUCAAGUGCGUCUCUAAAAGGUGGUAUGCUCUGAUCACCGACCCCAGGUUCGUAGCUAAGCACCUCUCCAAUUCCAUGCACAACAAUCUCUCUACAACUAGCGUCCUUUUGAAGCGUUCAGUCUGUAAGGACACAAGGGACGCUGAAGAGCCUGAAAUGGUUUUCUCAUUUCUUAAAUUUCGCAACGAUAUUGAUAAUGGUGGUGAACAUGCACAUGAGGAGCAUAGCUAUUUUUCUGGGGCGGAGGACGUCGAGAUUCCUCUGAAGACUAGCUCCAAAUCGCUGCAAAUUGUAGGCCAUUGUGAUGGGAUCAUAUGUCUAGUUGAUCUAACAGGUGAUGAGGUGUUUUUGUGGAAUCCAGCAAUUCAGGAAUCCAAGCUUCUGCCUCCCAAUCCAUACCUGCAAGGAUAUGCGUUCUAUUAUUAUGCUGUGGCAUUUGGCUAUGAUCCUAAAUCCAAGGGCUACAAAGUUGUUAAAAUUGGUUGUCCUUAUCCUGUUGGUAGAGAAAGGGAUGAUAAUGGAUAUUACAUCUAUGAUCCCUACAAAGCGGUAUUAUACACCCACAUGGGUACUGAUUCAGAUUCUUGGAGAGAGAUCAAGACUUAUUCUUUAGAAACACAAACUACUAUACUUUGGCCCGAAACUUUCCAGAUGUACUUCAAGAAUGUGUGUUAUUGGACGGGACAGGAGCAACAUAAGGAAUUGCAUGCAUAUGAAGCAGAUUAUCCGGAGGAUCAAUUCAUUGGGAAGAUGAUCAUAUUCUUUGAUCCAGUGGAUGAGGUAUUUCAUGAUAUGUUGUUCCCGGAUUGCUUUUAUGAUGGGAACGAGUUUUUUUUUGGUAUGCGCCUUCUAGUGUGGAAUGAAUCCAUUUCUCUUUUUGGAUUGCAAAAUACUUUUUCAAAAUUAGGUGUAUCUUUUGGAAUAUGGGUGAUGGAUGAACUUGGUGGUCCCAAGGGUGCUUGGACUAAACACAUAGCAUUCGAGCUUACCGAAAAGCCAUUAGCAUUUUUGAACAGCGAUGAGAUUCUUUUGGCUGACACAAAUGGACACGUAAUUUUUUAUAAUCUGAGUACCAAAAAGCUCAACCACCUGCCCAUUCAAAGUGUACGAGAUGAUGACUAUAAAGCUGUUGUCUAUGUGAAUAGUAUAGUUUCGGUCUUGGGAGGCAACAGGCUUGGGAGGAGAGAUGAUUCUAGCAAUGCUGAAAUUUCUCACUCCAAGUACACUUCUUCUCCAUUGAGUCACUCGAUUUUGGAAAAGACUCACUCAUAUUCAGUCUGGGCAAUUCCGCCAGAUGAAGUGUCUAUCAGAGUCAAGAAGGUGAUGGAGGGCCUCCGGGCCGAGUUUGGUGGUCCGGAGAUCGAGCCCCACAUUCCCGUUGUGGGGUCCAUUCGUAUGGCACAUGAGGAUGUGCUCAACGAGUUUACGAAUUAUCUGCAGUCUCGUGUAAUUUCAGGGUACAAAGCUGAAGUUAGUCGGUUGGUUUUUAGGAGUUCUUAUUACCAGUGUGUUUCCCUCCUUGUUGAUUCAUCAUUUUCAUGCAAGAACUAUGAGAUAACACAAAGAGCUCUAAACUGCAACCAAAUAUUUGGUUUCUGCAAUCGAGUUAGGCCACAUUUGAGCCUCCUUUAUGGGUAUCUGACCGAAGAAGAGAAGAGAAGAAAAAAGCUGAAGAAAAAGUCAAUAUUCUGGAUGAAAGCAUUACUAGCAUGAACUUCCCCAUAACUCGACUUGCACUGUACAAAAUUGACUACAAAGAUACAACUCUCAAAUCUUGGGAAAAGAUUGCUGAAUACCCCUUCCUAUUCGAUUGAUGGGUCAGUGCCAAGGUAUGAAACUAUGUUACUAGCUCAAGGGUUUAGUCAAUAGCAGGGACUUGGAUGACACAUUCAGUCCUAUUGUAAGACCUACCACAGUAAGGUUGGCCUGGUUCUGGCUCGUGCAGCUACAAAUGUUUGGAAACUAAAAGGAAUCUGGAUGUGAGAGUGCUUUUCUUCAUGGACCAAUAUAAGGAUUUGUUGAUGAGACCAAUCCUCAGUAUUGUCAAACUGCCAGACUUGCUGAAUUCUUAAAAUUUGAAAUUUCUUUGGCUCUGGUCACCCCAUUUAUCAUGCAUUCAGAUUACUAUCUUGUACUUGGCUAGGUUCAUUUAAAUCUUCCAUGUAUGGAUCAAUACUUUUUGGACCCUGUUGAUAUACUGUACAUUGGAUUUCUA